UGUUGUUGUUGUGAAUCUUUCAAUACUAUAGGGAGCUCUAGGUAUUUUAUAUAAAAGCGUACGUUCUCCCUCCCCCGACAAAAACCCACCCAAAAAAAGAACAAAAAGGACAGAAUUAAAUCCUUUAACGUCUACUCAUGGCAUUCCCUAGUGUUGCAAUAUCAAAUUUUUUACUUAUGUUGUUGAUGAUUGGUUUUGCAAGCUCUGAUUUUGCAGAGGAUAGAAAAGAGUGCCAAAACCAACUGCUUCAUCUAUCAUCUUGCUUGUCUUAUGUUGGUGGAGAUGCUCAACUUCCCACCCCAGCUUGCUGUGCCCAACUCAGAAAAGAUCUACACAAAACCAAAUAUUGUCUUUGCCUUAUUGUCAAAGAUAGAAAUGAGCCAAAUAUUGGCUACAAAAUCAAUGCCACCUUAGCACUCGGUCUGCCAUACAUCUGCGGUGCUCCAACUAAUGUUUCAGAAUGCCCUGCACUUCUAAAACUUGCUCCUAACUCACCGGAGGCUCAGGUUUUUAUCGACUUCGCCAGCCACUCAAAAACUGGAAACAAUACAACCAUAGGCGAUGUCCAGUCAAGUUCAAGUAUCAAAUUUAGCAACAAGAGAUGGUUUGCUGCAGGGAGAGACGUUGGUGUUGCAUUUUGUGUUCUGAUAUUUGUUAUGAUCAACAUGAUUUAGGAAAAGACACUUGAACUUUUUAUGCUUUGAUCCUUUUAUCUUGUGAAUAAAAAUGUCAAUCGACGUUCAAUCUUA